UUGCGGGGCGCGGGGGGAGCCUCUUCGGGACGGACCGAGAGUUGGCGCUGGGAGACGGAAGCGCUGCUCCGCCCCAGAGGCGAUGAUGAGUUUCGAGUGGCCCUGGCAGUACAGUUUCCCGCCCUUCUUCACGUGAGUCCCCCGGCGCCCCUCCUGACCCCUCCUCGGCCCCGCGCUCGAGGCCGCCAGCCCCCUUAGUCCGUGGGGAGGGGGGAGCGCACCCUCUAAAGCAGCCCGUCGGAACACGGAACCGCAGAGUUGGAAGGGGCCCCCCAGGGUCAUCUAGUCCAACCCCCUGCAAUGCAGGAGCCUCAGCUGGCCACGAGUCGUGUAGGAUCUAGUUGCGGGUUGGGCUAGAUGACCCUGGGGACCCCCUUCCAACUCUGCGGUUCUGGGAGUCUAAGGCCCACAGCUGCUCCUGCUGCUCAGGGCGCCCCGUUUGGUGCUUGGCUGCUUUUUGUUUUCGUUUCCCAGAAAGCACCGGACAGGUGAUGCCCUUUGACACCCAAAUACAACAUAGAUGUUUAAAUGUUGUAUUGAACCUUGUUUUUUAAGUUGCAUUCCAAUCAACUUGUUUUUAUUAUUGGUUGUUAGCCGCCCUGAGCCCGGCCUUGGCUGGGGAGGGCAGGGUAUAAAAAAAUUUUAUUUUUAUUUUUAUUAUUAUUAUAGUAGUUGCCUGGCCCAAAGGGAAGCAGGCCCAAAACCAUUGUUUUUUUCAUUCUUGCCAGGCCUUGCUGCUCUUAAUUGUUGAUAAUAAUAAUAAUAAUACAGUGGUACCUCUGGAUGCAAACGGGAUCCGUUCCGGAGCCCGUUCCCAUCCUGAGCAGAACGUAACCCGCGUCUGCACGUGCAUGGGUCGUGAUUCGCCGCUUCUGCACGUGCAUGACAUCAUUUUGAGUGUCUGCACAUGCACGAGCGGCAAAACCCAGAAGUAACCUGUUCUGUUACUUCGGGGUCACCACAGAACACAACCUGAAAACGCUCAACCUGAAGCUAUUUUAACCCGAGGUAUGACUGUAAUAAUAUAUUAUUUAUACCCCGCCCAUCUGGCUGGCUUUCCCCAGCCACUCUGGGCAGCUCUCCACAGAAUAUUAAAAACACGAUAAAACAUCAAACCUUAAAAACUUCCCUAAACAGAAGCCUUCAUAGAAUCAUAGAGUUGGAAGAGACCACAAGGGCCAUCGAGUCCAACCCGAUGUCUUCUAAAAGUCAGAUAGUUGUUUAUUUCCUUGAAAUCUGACAGGAGGGCAUUCCAUAGGGAGGGCGCCACUACCAAGAACGCCCUCUGUCUGGUUCCCUGUAAUCUCACUUCUUGCAGGAAGGGAAUCACCAGAAGGCCCUUGGAGCUGGACCUCAGUGUCCAGGCUGAACAAUGGAGGUGGAGCAUAGCUGUCAACUUUCCCCUUUUUUUAAGGGAAAUUCUCUUAUUCCGAAUAGGAUUCCUCGCAAGAAAAGGGAAAAGUUGACAGCCAUGGGGUGGAGAGGCUCCUUUAGGUAUACUGGGCCGUUUAGGGCUUUAAAGGUCAGUACCAACGAUUUGAAUUGUGCUCAGAAAUGUACUGGGAGCCAAUGGAGGUCUUUCAGGACCGGUGUUAUAUGGUCUCGGCAGCCAUUGUCCCUAUUUUUCAUGUGAGGCACAUCUGUUGGCCAGCUCAGGGGGGAAAGCAGCGGUUGCUUCAGCCAAGGGGCUCUGACCUCUCCCGAGUCACGCGGCUGGGCCCAGAACAUCAUCAUCAUCACCACCAGGGUUUUCUGACAGGAGCUGGGAAGUUUCUAAUUCUUGAUUCUGUUUUGGAACUAGCUUAGCUGGAUUUCUGAAAUGGACUGAGCUAUAGCUGUCCCUGUGAUUCCGUUUAGGUUGCAGCCCAAUGUGGACACGAGGCAGAAGCAGCUGACGGCUUGGUGUUCCUUAGUGCUUUCCUAUUGCCGCCUCAACAAGCUCUACACCAUGACUGUCGCAGAGGCGCAGGAGAGCCCACUGUUCAACAACUGGAAACUGCAACGUAUCCUUCCUCCCCCUAGCCUGUGGCUGCCUUACCUACCCUGGUGAGCAGGCAAAGGAAUUUUGCUGUUUCUUUAGAUGAAAGUGCUGGCUGCUGUCAUGGAAGAACAGUUCACAGUUCAGGCUUGGAAGCAGUUCAGGCUUGCAGCAAUUGUUCGUUGGGUUGCUGCACAAGUGCAGAACAAGGAAAAGCACACAGAAUGACUUUGCAUUUUUAAACAAAUGCUUUUUUCUAGGUCAGCAGCUCUAUCCUCAUCUUGGGCCAGAACAGCAUGUGAGUUCUCUUUUAGCCUAUUUAGUUUUGCUGAGCAGAAGAUAAGUUUUUGCUUCCCAAACUUUUUUUUUAUACUCAUUUUUCUUUGAAAUGUCAUCCCUCUGUAUUGCAGUCUGGGUCAUUGUUGAGCAGAUGUCCUCAAAAUAUUAGUUGCCCUGUUGGAUCUAUUAAAAACAGAGGGACUUAGAUGACAGUAGCUGACAUUUCCUGGUUGGCAAAUUGUAUCAGAAUACAUUUCAGUUACACAGAAUAUAUCUCUUCUUGAGUUCUGCGAAAUGAACUUUCUGCCCAACCCUGCCACUUUAGUUCAUUAAAAAGUACAAUGCAACUAUUUUACUCUUACUAUAAAAUAGGUGGUUGUUUUUCUGCAGUGACCUACUUUUGUGCUUUUGUUGAUGAUGGGUUUUCUUACUCGGCACAGUAUUAGGAAGCCAAUUUUGCAAUGUAAAUUCAAGGUAGAAUCAAACUUCUCCAUAGUUUUCUUCCCCUGCAACAUGGAACUUAAUUACUUGAAACAUCUCAAGCUAUUUGCUCUGCAGGUGCCUGCUUUCUGCACAUGUUUGGGGUUGCCUUAGUGGAUCUGUUGAGAGGUUGGUGGAUGGUCCUGCCCUUCAAGCAAAGGGUUGAGUUAAUGUCAUUAUAACCCCUUCCAGUUCAGUGACCAAAUUCUGAGUUGGGUUGGUUGCAUGCUUGGUUUGAUGGGCAAGUUACCAUAUCUGCUGCGUUACUGCAGCAAAGAGAAGAGACAUCUCCUUGAGAAACUAGAAUGCUUCACUUUUUGCUCCAAGCACAGUCAUUGAAUUUAAUAAACAUGACUAACUGUGGUUCAUUAAUUUCAUUGGAUCUGCUCUGAGUAAAAAAGCCCUGAAUUCUGAGACCAAGACCUUUCAGGUUCCUUUAGUUGUCCUAAGUUGAGUUUGUCCUACUUUGUAUUAUUUUCUCGACUUCUGUAUACCCUUUUCCUAUCCUGUGCCAAGUGACUGUUUCCUUAACUGUGAAACAGGAAAGCUCCCAUUGGAAUCCAUCAUUGUGGUGUUAGAAGAACUCAGGAAAAAAGGUGGGUUCUGGUUUGUGUUGAUUUUGAGUUAACUUUGCAUUUACUGUUUUAUCCAGUUCUCAUUUUAAAAUGCCAGGCAGGGUCUAACAGCUGGCAUGGAAAACAAAAACAUCUUCCUUACACAAGUAAAGGUGGGUCAGGAAAUGAAACUUCUCUGCCCAUAAGACAGUUUGAACUUCCUUCUUUAUCCCAAUUGGGGAUAAAGAAAGCAACCAGCCAUCACUGAUAACAGGGAUACAAUGAUGUGAUUUUGAAAUGGUAACAGAAGUUUUGAGAACUCCAGAUUAGCCUGCUUCUGAAAUCUUGAGAUGUGUGAGCUUUUCAGCUGAAUAUAAAAAUGGGUAUACAAUCAUCAGGAGACAUUUUAAGUCAAUAUUCUGAAAUGAACAAAAAAUGCUUCCCCCCCCCCCCCCCAAGAUAGAAAUUUCCUGAAAUCAGAAAGUCUGUGGUGUUUAACUUUUAAAGAUACGCUUCAAGCUGAAAUUUCUGGUGGGAUCUUUCUCUGUUUGGUGGCAGGAUGGGGGGAAACUUCCACUGUGUAUAAUGCUGUGCAAAAUGGUUAUAUGGGUAGAAAGAAGAUCAUGAAACUUGAGGGUCAUGUAAAUCCCUAAUCCCAAACAUGUUUAUUUGGCAGCAAUUCUCAUCAAUUUCAGUGAGAUUCACUUCCAAGUAAGUGUGACUAAAAUCACAGCAUUAAUGUUUUUUUGCACAGACUCAUCUAAGAAGUAAUCGACUUCUUAGAAUCAUAAUCAUAGAAUCAUAGAGUUGGAAGAGACCACAAGGGCCAUCGAGUCCAACCCCCUGCCAAGCAGGAAACACCAUCAGAGCACUCCUGACAUAUGGUUGUCAAGCCUCUGCUUACAGACCUCCAAAGAAGGAGACUCCACCACACUCCUUGGCAGGAAAUUCCACUGUCGAACAGCUCUUACUGUCAGGAAGUUCUUCCUAAUGUUUAGGUGGAAUCUUCUUUCUUGUAGUUUGGAUCCAUUGCUCCGUGUCCGCUUCUCUGGAGCAGCAGAAAACAACCUUUCUCUCUCCUCUAUGUGACAUCCUUUCAUAUAUUUGAACAUGGCUAUCAUAUCACCCCUUAACCUCCUCUUCUCCAGGCUAAACAUGCCCAGCUCCCUUAGCCGUUCCUCAUAAGGCAUCGUUUCCAGGCCUUUGACCAUUUUGGUUGCCCUCCUCUGGACAUGUUCCAGUUUGUCAGUGUCCUUCUUGAACUGUGGUGCCCAGAACUGGACACAGGAGAGAUUCAGUGUCUGUUGUCUUAGGUACAAGUGGGCCCUGAUAUUAUGUGAGUGCUCUGCUUCAUUCCAGGGAAUCUUGAAUGGCUUGACAAAAACAAAUCUAGCUUUCUGAUCAUGUGGCGGCGUCCGGAAGAAUGGGGCAAGCUCAUCUAUCAGUGGGUAAGAGCAGGUUCUGGAAUGUGUAACCCAUAUUGGUUAAUGGUGCUCCUGAAAGCCAUUGGUUAAGGUCAUGGAGGUACUGUAUGCUUGAAUCCGCUCCUUCCUCCCUUCCUACACUCUGAAGUUUCACCAGGCAUUCUGCCCACCCCCCACAGUGUUAAGGGCUAGAAAGUUGCUGUUAUUUUUCCCAGUGAAAACUGAGAUUCUAGGGACAUUUUUUUCCUUGCCUGAUACGCAAAUUCUGUGCUUGUGCAGUGCAGUCAUGGAAGCACAAAAUGCCCACCAGCCCAAGCAGAUCGCCUGCAUUGAGUCUUGAUGAACAGCUUUGCAGAGCUUGAAAAGUAAGAAAAAGGCUUCCAGAGAUGCGGUCUUUGAGAAGCAAAUUAACCACGGCAUCUGUUUGGUUUUGAUUUUUGUUUUCCAAUAAUAAUAUCUCAUUUCUUCAUGGGCCGCUGGUCUGUUUCUGAGCACAGUUUUUAAAAUGCUGCUGUUUUUAUCUUUGAAGCCACGCACGCUUUGGGAACUAAAAACAUGUCAUCUCUUGCGUGAACCUGCCUGUCUCUGAAGGUUGCGCAAAUGGUGUUUGGAGAGAGGCCUUCUCAAUGCAGGCAUCCCGCAACUCAAAUGUUCUCCUCAAGGAGGCUUGCCUGGCGUCUAUUCUAAAGUAUUUUCAGUGCCCAAUGUCGAAGGCCUUCUGAUGCAUUGCUCAAACUGUGUGUGUUUGUUUUUUCUCUUCUCCUGUUAUUUUUGUUGCUGUGCUUUGGUGCUCUACUACUGAUUUUUUUUCCUUUUACAAAAAGCUGUGUUUAACAUUUUUCUUCAUUUUUAUUGACUUAUUAAUCUGAGACUGGAAAACUGAUAAAUGCGGGUCAGAGUUUUAACAUUCUCUUUCCCCCCUCCCUCUUCUGUUCCCAGGUGUCAAAGAAUGGGUUGACCAACUCAGUUUUCACCUUGUAUGAGCUGUCCAAUGGCGAUGACACAGAGAAUGAAGGUAGCUUUGCUUGCACCUGGCGGAAUUUUGCAUUGUAGUGUAGAAACGGGCAACCCAAAUGAUCAAGUGGUUGGAGCAACUCCUGUAGGAGGAAAAUCUACAACCUUUGGGUUUUUCUAGUUUAGGGGGGAAAAAGGCGAGUGAGGCUGCAUUAUGCACAGUGUGGAUAAAAAGAGGAAAACCUUUGUUUCUCAUAAUACUAGGAGCCAGGUUCAUCCAGUGACAGACAGAAGGAAGUAUUUCUCGAACCAGUGCAUGGUUACACUGUGGAACUCUCUACCACCAGAUGUAGCGAUUGCUGCUUAUCUUGUGGAAGCUUUUAUGUGUGGUUGCCAGAUCCCUCAACCGAGGCUGUUUCCUCCUCUCCUAGAGUUCCAUGGCUUGGAAGAAUCCAUGCUUCUCCGUGCUCUGCAAGCUCUGCAACAGGAACACAAGGCUGAAAUCAUCACCCUGGAUGACGGGCGGGGCGUCAAGUUCUUCUAACCAACCUUCUCCUCUGGCUUUCCGGUCUGACUGGGCAAAAGUGUUUUUUGGGUUGAAGGGCUUCUCUGUGCUCUGGUUUCCUUGCGUCAAAGGCCAAAACGGCAACGUGUUGUCUUGGCGGCUCGGCGCCCGACUCCGGGUUCCUUCCCCUCUGCUGCUUCUGUCCCUUUUGAGGGGUUGUGGUGUUCUGAAGAUGCUCUGAAUAGAUUUGUAGAGGACCAGAGCGUUGGCGGCGUGCAGCUGACACGAAGCAGGUGUGGGCUCUUUGGGUUUGGCCUCCCCAGGGCACACCACGGACCCUGCCGCUUGCAGCUGUGAGCCACAAAGUUGGGAUCAAAAACCUAGUAGUCUCCCUCCAGCAGGGCAGGAGGUCAUGCAGACUGGGCUAUCCACAGCAGGAUAAGGCAUUGAGGACUUUAGGCAAAAUUAAACCACACUAUUUACAAGACUA